UUGGAGCCAGCCAGUGGUGUGGUUUUGUAGGUGGGACAGCCAGACCGUGUAUGCAAGCUGAUCAAUUCCUUGUCUCUGCUUCGUAGGAGAACAUGCAUGUGCACAGAACCAUGUGUUUACUAAAGACCGUAGUAAGAAAACAUCCAGUAACUACAUAAAGCUGUCUGGGAAAAAUUCAAAGCAAGUGGUCAGCCAUUAUUUCUGCAACAGGUCUGAGCUGCCACCCCAGCGGAUGGUCCCUUCCUGUUGACAGCUGGUCGCUUCACCCUCUGCUCUGAAGGGGAGCCCGGGUUAGACCAGCAAGCCCAUACAGGAGGGGAAAAAGAAGGUCUUUUGGACCUGGGCAGCUCCGCGGGACCCCGCUGAUGAACUGAUAGGCUGGCCAGAUUUUUCCCAGACCAGUAAAGCUAAAUGGGUCCAGUCACUGGAAUGACUCCGGAUAAGAAAGCUGAAACGCCAGGAGCAGAAAAAGCUGCAGGACUACGGCAGUGUCAUGGGAUGGGAAGCUUGCCCGAUGCUGGCGACGCUGGCAGGCCAAAGGCCACUGUGGUAGACAGAGAUUCAGCAGAUGAUGAACUCACAAAUUUGAACUGGCUACAUGAAAGUACUAACCUUCUAACAAACUUCAGCCUCGGAAGUGAGGGUCUUCCAAUUGUUAGCCCCUUAUAUGACAUUGAGGGUGACAGCGUGCCAUCCUUCUCACCAUCCUGCUACCAGAACCCUGAAAAAAAAUCCUCCACUUCCAAACCCCCUUACUCUUUCAGCCUUCUCAUUUACAUGGCAAUCGAGCAUUCCCCCAACAAGAGCUUGCCAGUCAAAGAAAUCUACAGCUGGAUCCUGGAGCGCUUCCCCUACUUUGCCACGGCACCCACUGGCUGGAAGAACUCGGUCAGACACAACCUCUCCUUGAACAAGUGUUUCCGAAAGGUGGAGAGAAGCCAUGGCAAGGUGAAUGGAAAAGGUUCGUUAUGGUGUGUUGACCCAGAAUAUAAACCUAAUCUUGUCCAAGCACUAAAAAAGCAGCCUUUUCCCUCAGCACUUGCAUUUUAUACUCCGCCAGCGUCACCGCCAAGUAGGUCAGCAUCCCCUCACUACCUAACUUCAGUCCUUCAGCAGAAUCAUGGCCGAUCUCUCAAAGAAUCUGAUAUUGAUGCUGCUACUGCAAUGAUGCUGUUAAAUACUUCCAUUCAGCAAGGGAUGUUGGGCUGUGAGAAACCUCAGCCUCUGAAGACACCCAAGAAGAGGAGUUACGGCAGUGCGUUCAAUCCUCCUAGUUCCAUAAAUUUGCAGGAAAAUGAUUCUGUGGCCACUAAUAUUGAUCCGAAGGAGGAUCACAACUACAGUGCCAGCAGCAUGGGUUCCCAGCGCUGUGCAUCUAGAUCCAGUGUGUCUUCCUUGUCCUCCCUUGAUGAGGUGUAUGAAUUUAUCUCCAAGACCAGCCAUGACGGAAGCGAUGGCAGCGAAGGAUUUCACAGUGAAGUGGAUACAGACGUUGACUACGAAGAUGAUCCUCUUGGAGACAGUGGCUAUGCAUCACAACCUUGUGUAGAUACCUCUGAGGAAAGUCAGCCUAGCAACAAAGCACUCAAGGAGUUAUGUCAAGAAAUCGAUGAGGAGUUGAAAGAAGCAGCAGGGUCUCUGCUCCACCUUGCUGGCAUCCAAACAUGCUUGAGUUCCUUAAUAAGUACUGCAAAGACCCACUGUCACAAGCAGAGGAAAAAAUAGAAAAUAGUGUGUUUGUCAGUGUUGAAUAUAUACAUAUAUUUUUUUUAAUUGUGGCAAUACUCUUCUACUUUUACCCUUCACAAGGGAGAUCAAAGCCAUAAGAGGACUCAUUGCUUUUUUAUUUUUGGCGCUAACUAUAAUUUAGCCAUUUAUUUUUAAAUCACUGCCUAAAAAAAAAAAAAUUAUUUAAAAUUAGAAGAGAUGCAUGACUUGUGAAAACCUGAAAGCAUACUUCUUAAUGAUCACUUUUUUUUUCUUUUUAAUAGUUGAUUUUACCUUUUUUUUUUUUUUUCAGAUGUGUUUAUUCAGAUGCACAUUGUGGAUCAUAUUUACAUCUCUGCUGGCCCCAGCUGCAGAGGUGACUUUUGCCCUGUCUAAGGGCUCUGACUUCAAUGUAAAGGAUUAAAAAGGAGGAGGAAAAAAGAAAGAAAGGGGGGGGUAAAAAAGGCUCCUGGCUUUGGUUGCCUCCUCCUACCCAUCCUCUCUUCACUCUUUUGAGACAGAUCCGGUCGAAAUGCUAGUGAAGCAGCUCCGAGUGGCUGCAGUUUUCAGCCCGUCUGACCCAGGGGCUGAAAACCUGUAGCACUCCCGGAGCUGCUUUCAGCAAGACGCUAAGUACCCCCAGGAAGAGUGGGGACAAGGGGUGUCACCUGCGGUUUUCUUUCUUUCCCUCCUUCCCCCCAACCUGCUGCGUGCAGGUCAGAUUCCUGAAGGAAAACAGUUUGGUUGUUUUUUUCAUCUUAAGACAAAUUGUCUUUUUUUGGGGGUGUGUGUGUCCUUUUUGUGCAGAUGCAUGCAUGCAUACCUACGCCUUCAUGUAGCCAACCAACAGUGAAAGCUGCCACUUGCCAAGUUUGAUGUUGUCCUCGUGUUACCACCGUUCUUGAAUACAUAGUAGCUGCACAGUGUCGCAACAUCUACCCUUUUUCCCUCUAUAUCAAUUUUUGGGGAAAAAAGAACCCAACAGUUGAUGGUGGUGACAGCGUGGAUGAGGUGGAGUAUUUAGGUGGCUAGGUGGUGAAUAGCUGCUGAAAAGGGAAUGUCUUGCCCCGUAAUCUGAGACAAAAUCAAAUAGCUUCCUUUUGGAUCAGUGAACCCUGAAUUCCUUUUGGGGUUUUUGCCCCUUCCUCCCCAGUGCUCAUUGUUUUUGUCACAUGGGCUGUCCAUACCUUUUGUUUCUCAGAUCACUGUGCCUUGUGCUGUGUGAACCCUGUCAGCCUCCUGCCGCAUAUGGGGCAUCUAAUGGGCAAAAGGCUAGGCUUUAGCCUUUGGGUGUGCAUCGUAGCUCAGGAGGAUCUCUCUGUUUUGGGAAGAAAUUCCUUCACAAUUCAUUUUUGCAAUAAGAGAAUCUCUUUAUAGUUCCCACACAUCCUUCAGCCAAAAAUGUUUUAGGGGUAUGGUAAACUUUUUUCCUUUUUUUAAAAAAAAAAAAAAAAUUAUCAGUGGUGAUUGAUUAAUUACAUCUUCUUGUAGAUGAUGGCUUUCUAAAAAACUUUCUGUUCAAAAAUGGGUAAGCAGUUCUGUUGGAGUAAGUUUUAACAGUACUGUACAUAUAAGGAUGCCUUAAGUAUGUUGCAGAAUUGUAUACAACUAUGAAAGGUCAUCUUUCCUGUUUCUGAAAGGUAGCAUGAUGUGCCAUAAAUGUUCUUGCUGACACAUGAAGCUAUUGCUUCCAGCAGGUGUUCAGCAAGCUGGUUGAAAAUUAGGAGCAAAGCCACGUAGGAAACCGGUGUCCGCUGUUUUGGUUGUUGAAAACCAUGGAUUGGAUUCAGCCAAAAGUUAACCUUUCCCUAACAGGGUAUUUUUCUGGCUAUUUGGAGGCCUUUCUUAGACCAAUGUGGGGGUUUUUUUUGUUUUUUUUCGUAUUUGUCAGUCUUCAUGAAUACUGCCAUAAACUGUCUACUUUAGCUAUGAAUACAGCCAUGCUGCUGAAGGUCUGUUGCUCUGAGGGCCUGUUCCAGUGCCUCUUGAAGACAACGGUGGUGCUCCCGCUGACUCAAUGGCUGUUGGAUCAAGCCUGAAAUAUUUGAUGUCCUUUGUGUCUUGGAAUUUAAAGCCAACAUUUUUUUUUAAAGCACAAACACUAGAAAAAAAGUAGUUUUUUUUCUCUCCCCCCCCCUUCAGUUUUAAGAAUUAUUUGUUUUAUUUCUUGAAAGGGAAGAAAAAUACUCUGCUGCAUUCCUGCUUUGUGUGAACCCCCAUUAGCCUACACUCAUAACAGGACAACAUGUGUGCAGACAUGUAUGUCUUCUGGAUAUCACAAGUGGUGCAUUAGCCAAUUAGAUCUGAUACUGGAUGUGUUACUGAUGGAUAGUAGGAGUAAAACUUGCUAUUUAAAGGAAAAUUAAGUACCAACGCAGUGGUUCUUAGGAUUUUGGGAUGUGGAGAUGUGAAUGCUUGCUGGAACUGCUUUUUGCUCAUGGGUUGCUUUUGUACCUUGAUGGAAAACUGCAAAGGGCAGAGUUUGUGUCAAUGCACAAAUGAGGAUUCAGCUACACAGGAAUACUGUUAGCAGUCUGGGAUUUUGCUCGGUGCCAUGAUUUCAGUUGCACACUGCUGAAGAGGGGUGCUGCCUGGUUCCCACUGAAGGUGGUUGCAGCUUUUCUGUAGCUUCUAGUGAAAACUGCAUCAAGGUUCAAGUAUCCUGGAAACUGCAGUCCUAGUAGGCUCUGUGGUUUGGUUUGGUUCUGAAUUAUUUUUUUUCCUCAGAUAAAAUUUGAGAAGGUUAAUACUUACUAGGAGUGUGGCUGUGCCGCUGUUAACCCUGAAGUUGUUGAUAAUGAAUGACUUCAGCAUUUCUGAAGGGAUGGGGUUGGGAUGCUAACAAUGUAUUUAAUUUACAAUAUGCAAUGAGCAAUAAAACCAUACUAAUCAGAAGUUAGUGGUGAAAGCUGCCUCCAUCCUUACAGCUUUUGUCCUGGGAGAACUGGAAUUGUGGAAGCAGAGAAGCAAUUGCAGCCUUGCUCUGGGACACAGAACAGUGCUGUGGGGCCAUGCUCUUCAUGCUUUGCUGUCUUCCCUCUCUCCUCCCAAAGGAGAAGGUAGCCAAUCUGUGCCCCUGACAUACUCCACCACGUUGUCCCAUACCUCUGCCCACACGUUUGGCAGGCAAAGGCCGCCAGCUCAGUUGCAGAGCACCCCUCUUGGUAGUGGGACAAUAGCUGCCCUUCCUUCCGCUUACCGAUCUAGCAUUGGGUUUGGGUUUGUUUGCCACCUCAGUUAGAGACCCUGGUGUAUAUAGUAUAAAUGGAGUAUAAUUAAAAGUUAUUUUGAUUGUUGGGUUUUGGGUUUUUUUGUGACACAUGUAAAAUGUUCAUGCCAAUGAACUCGGAUAUAUUUUGGCAAGAAAAGUAUUAAUGAACCACGUUCAAUUCUUUAUAUACAGUGAAGAAGUGUGUGAGACGUGUACAAGGGAGGCUGCUCUGUUCAGGAUAAUUCUGAUGUGAAUACUGUACGAACAUGUAUUGGCCUUUCAGAUUGCAAUACUAAAUUACUGCUUUUGCAAAAGUUGCGUCAAAUGUUCUAAAAUCCAACUGUAAAAUGGAAAUUGUAUGGUUUGCAACUUUUCAUCAGCCUGAAAACUAACUACAAGCUUUGGCUAAAGCCAAGUACGCUCAUACAGGUUAAUAAUGGUGUAGUCAAAAUAUUUAUUGAAAAGAAAAGGUAGAAUAUUUGAAAUGUUGCACCUGCCAUUAUAUCUUAAAGCACAUUCUUCACAGCUAACUGCCAGUGCCAUUAUCAAGUCUGUUUUAUAAAUGUACAUUUCUUCAAACUAAAAAGUGCAUAAUUAAAAGUAUUAUGUUACUGCCAUAUAGUGAUAUAAAACAUUUUAUAAUUGCCAAUUCAUUGUAACUAUUAUUUAUUUAAAAGUGAAUUGUAAGAAUGCUUUCUGAUCAAAUGAACCAGAGUUGUUUUAAAACCAUUCCCGUUAGCUUGUUUCUAAUGUAGCAUAAGCAAUGUCCUUGGGUUUGUUUAGAAUAAUUUUGCCAGUAGGUGACCAAUUCUAACCCUUUUUCCUCCAGUUUAGUCCUUUACCCAUUUUAAAGACGAUUUACAGAAGGUUUAGUUUUUUGUAUGCUAAUCUCUGUUAAUUAAAAUGUUUAUAAAGUUUAUUUUUACCAAAGAGAUGCAAUUCAUUAUGACAAAAUAUUGCAGAAUAAACUUUGUUUUAUAACAUUUGUGACUUUUCUGCCCACAUUUUUCAUUCAGAUGAUCAAAGGGGCUUUUCUAAAAUAAACAGCAUUGCAAACAGAAA